CACUGCCUUCUCUUUGAGUCCUGCCUUUCUCAGUCCGGGUGAAGAUUCCCAGGGAAUUGAGAGCGCGGUUUUGUUUCUCCCUUGUAUUGCAGAUAGGGGGAGGAGGUGGUUAUUAGAAGCUCUUCCUCUCUCGGUUCCCCUCUCCGCCUGACAGCACCGCUCUCUUGCGGACUCGCUUCUCCUAGGUGAUCCAUUUCUAAGCAACGUGGGGCUGCAGCGGAGCUUGCCAGGCUGCUGCUGGCUUCCCGCAUCCCGCCAGGCGAGCGGCUCCGGAGCAUCCUGCAGCCGCGGCUCCGCGCGCCGGCCUGGCCCGUUGCUCGCUCCCGGCGGACACCCCCGCCACCGCGCCCGCGGAGCCGCUCGGGCCCGCCGCGCCAGCCCCGGGGCCCGCCUGGCGCAGAACCGGAGUCUUCUCUGCAUUACUAUCGGCAUUACCUUCAAGUUCACUUUUUCCACCCCUCCCGGAGCCGGCCUCCCCCUCCCCGCUGGAAUCUGGCGGCUCCGUUCGCAUCCUCCUCGUCGCCCGUGGCACUGAGAGCUGGCCGCGAGGCGCCACGACCGCGCGCGGCCCGGGGUGGAGGGGCUCGGCGGCGGGGGAGGGCGCGGGCACAUCCGGCGCGGGGGUGCCCAAGUUGCGGCGGAGCUGGGACCCGCCACCGCGGCCCCCGCGCGGCCAGGGCCACCUUCUGAGCGCCAGCCUCGCCCCCUGUCCGAGAGCAGCCAAGGCUGGAUACAUUUUUAAAAAGCCCAACUGCAAACAACUCUGGCGAUGCCAAAAUUUCCCUCCGAGUGACAGGGCUUGGGAGGAGGCUGCCUCCGGCUGUGCUAGCUCUCGGGUCGCCUGUGCCUCCUUGGCGACUAAGAAAGACUGUGUGCACUGGCGAGAUUGGAAAUUAGUGGGAAAGCUGCACUCAACUCUGUCGUGACCUCAAACUCUGUGGACCGGUUUAAAGAAUAUCUACAUAUUGGAAGCAAAGUCGUGGUCAAGGAAGAUCUGCAUCAGAGGAUGGAAGUUUUCCCCUUGCUCUUAUUUCUGUCCCUCUGGUGGUCUCGAACCUGGGACCUGGCGACCGCUGAUUCCAUCAUCCAUAUCGGAGCAAUUUUUGAUGAAUCUGCUAAAAAAGAUGACGAGGUAUUCCGCACAGCAGUUGGUGACCUCAAUCAGAAUGAGGAAAUCCUUCAGACUGAGAAAAUCACAUUUUCAGUGACAUUCGUUGAUGGCAACAACCCUUUCCAAGCUGUUCAAGAAGCCUGUGAACUUAUGAACCAGGGCAUCUUGGCCCUAGUCAGCUCCAUUGGUUGCACAUCAGCCGGAUCCCUCCAGUCUUUGGCAGAUGCCAUGCAUAUCCCACACCUCUUCAUUCAGCGCUCAACAGCUGGGACCCCAAGGAGUGGCUGUGGGCUCACCCGGAGCAACAGGAAUGAUGACUAUACUCUUUCAGUUCGUCCACCUGUCUACUUGAACGAAGUCAUCCUGAGGGUAGUCACCGAGUAUGCAUGGCAGAAAUUCAUCAUCUUCUAUGACAGUGAAUAUGAUAUCCGUGGGAUACAGGAGUUUUUGGACAAAGUAUCUCAGCAGGGAAUGGAUGUUGCCCUUCAAAAGGUGGAAAACAACAUCAAUAAAAUGAUCACCACCCUCUUUGACACCAUGAGGAUAGAGGAGUUGAAUCGCUACCGAGACACUCUUAGGCGAGCCAUCCUUGUUAUGAAUCCUGCCACAGCCAAAUCCUUCAUAAGUGAGGUGGUAGAGACUAAUCUGGUUGCUUUUGACUGUCACUGGAUCAUUAUAAAUGAGGAAAUAAAUGAUGUGGAUGUCCAGGAACUUGUCAGAAGGUCCAUUGGAAGGUUAACAAUUAUUCGGCAGACAUUUCCAGUUCCCCAGAAUAUAAGCCAGCGCUGUUUCCGUGGCAACCAUCGAAUCUCUUCAACACUGUGUGAUCCCAAAGAUCCCUUCGCUCAGAAUAUGGAGAUUUCUAACCUUUACAUCUAUGACACGGUGCUUCUGCUCGCAAAUGCUUUCCAUAAGAAGCUGGAGGACCGCAAGUGGCACAGCAUGGCGAGCUUGUCCUGUAUCAGAAAAAACUCAAAGCCCUGGCAGGGAGGGCGGUCCAUGCUGGAAACUAUCAAGAAGGGUGGAGUUAAUGGAUUGACUGGAGACCUAGAAUUUGGAGAAAAUGGAGGUAACCCCAAUGUGCACUUUGAAAUCCUUGGAACCAACUACGGCGAAGAACUUGGCAGAGGUGUCCGUAAACUUGGGUGCUGGAAUCCUGUCACGGGUCUGAAUGGGUCACUGACUGACAAGAAACUGGAGAAUAACAUGCGGGGCGUGGUUCUACGUGUGGUGACUGUACUGGAGGAGCCUUUUGUAAUGGUCUCUGAAAAUGUCCUGGGAAAACCGAAGAAAUACCAGGGCUUCUCCAUUGAUGUUUUGGAUGCCCUAUCUAACUACCUGGGUUUUAACUAUGAAAUUUAUGUUGCGCCCGACCACAAAUACGGAAGCCCACAGGAAGAUGGGACGUGGAAUGGAUUGGUAGGAGAACUUGUUUUUAAGAGAGCUGACAUCGGGAUUUCUGCUUUAACCAUUACUCCAGAUAGAGAGAAUGUUGUGGAUUUUACAACACGUUACAUGGACUACUCAGUGGGGGUCUUACUUCGAAGAGCAGAAAAAACAGUGGAUAUGUUUGCCUGUCUUGCACCAUUUGAUCUAUCUCUGUGGGCCUGCAUUGCUGGCACGGUUCUUCUUGUGGGACUACUGGUCUACCUCUUGAACUGGCUUAAUCCCCCACGAUUGCAAAUGGGAUCAAUGACAUCUACUACACUCUACAACUCCAUGUGGUUUGUGUAUGGAUCCUUUGUUCAGCAAGGUGGGGAAGUCCCAUACACAACUCUGGCAACUCGAAUGAUGAUGGGGGCAUGGUGGUUAUUUGCUCUGAUUGUCAUCUCAUCAUACACAGCAAACCUUGCUGCUUUCCUCACCAUCACCCGCAUUGAGAGCUCCAUCCAGUCUCUUCAGGAUCUAUCUAAGCAAACAGAUAUCCCGUAUGGCACAGUCUUGGACUCUGCAGUCUAUCAGCAUGUCCGCAUGAAGGGCCUGAAUCCUUUUGAGAGGGACAGCAUGUAUUCCCAGAUGUGGAGAAUGAUCAACCGAAGCAAUGGGUCGGAGAACAAUGUUCUGGAGUCCCAAGCAGGCAUUCAAAAGGUAAAGUACGGAAACUAUGCUUUUGUAUGGGAUGCAGCUGUAUUGGAAUACGUGGCUAUCAAUGACCCAGACUGCUCCUUCUACACUGUGGGGAAUACCGUUGCUGACCGGGGGUAUGGCAUCGCACUGCAGCAUGGCAGCCCCUACCGAGAUGUGUUUUCACAAAGGAUCCUGGAGCUGCAACAGAGUGGAGACAUGGACAUCCUGAAGCACAAGUGGUGGCCUAAGAAUGGCCAGUGUGAUCUCUACUCCUCAGUAGAUGCGAAGCAGAAGGGAGGAGCCCUGGACAUCAAGAGCCUGGCGGGCGUAUUCUGCAUCCUGGCCGCAGGGAUCGUGCUCUCCUGCCUCAUAGCGGUGCUGGAGACGUGGUGGAGCAGGAGGAAGGGCUCACGGGUCCCAUCCAAAGAGGCUCCUGCCCUGCAAAAUGAAACUGCAAUGCCCGAAAGAAGCAAUGCUUGGCCAUUAAGGCCAUGUUUGAAACUUGGUGGUAAUACCUGGAAAAACCAGGCAUCCAGCCGUAGCCUGCACCAGUCUUCACAACUAGGAAGGCCUCUUGAUGACCCGUAACCUCUACCAACCCCGGAGCUAUUGAGCCCUUACCCACCUCUUGAUUUCAGGACUCAUUUGAUCCUGAGGACCACAAACUGGUGAGCUGAUGUGCUGUCUCCUAAAUUUAAAAUUCUUCUUCCAUUCAAGAAGCUGUCUUCACCAGGCUGUCAGACCUGCUACACUUCUCCUGUUGAAGAGUAGCAAACGACCGCUGCUCUCUGGUCCUGGACCAGACUUUAGCCUGGGAACGAUGAUCCUUGUCCAUUGUGGACUGUUUGCCAACGUGUCUUGGUCUAGAGCAUCCAAACUGAGGUCCAAGUCUGAAUCACAGUGGUGGUGUCCUCUUGCCUCCAGCUCUGACCUGGUCAAGAAUCACCUGGGUUCUCAGAUGACCGGGAUACAGGGAGGUGUGAAGGACCAAGGAGAAUGUGCCUUGGCAGACUAAACCAGAGAAAAAUAGAACUCUCUUCCAACUCUCACUGAAUCAGUUGUGACUGUGAUUAAUCAUAUUUUGUCAUAAAUUCCUCUCCAUGUUACUAAAAUAAUACCCAUAUUCAUAUUUAUGACAGGUUUAAUUUUCUCCAUGCAAAAGACAUUGCCUUUACUCAAAGACCAAAAUGUAUACAUUUUACAUGAGUUCCUGGCUAAUGGAGAGCCUCUAACUUGAAUCCAUAAAAAGUAGAUUUUUUUUCAUUGUAGAUUAGGAUCACUUGGAUGCUAUUCUCUACCUUAAUGUUGUAGUGCUGGUAUAUACCACCCUUUCACGAAGAAAGCUGAGUUUUCCCCCAGGUCUAUUCCAUUAAAACAACCUCUUUCCAACAAAAUUCGGAAGCUGUUUAUGAAACAUACAAUGCCCUUAUGAACUUAACUUUGAAAAAGAUCUAGCACUGCACUGAAUUCUGGGAAUGCAAUGAGUAAGUCAUGUUCUUUCCUCAAGAAGUUUGCAAUCCAAUGCGGAGGUCAGAUAAGCUGGCUUAGGAAGCACUGUAGCUGUGCAGUGGUAGUCAUGGGUUUGCACCUCUGCUCCUUGAUGCCAGGGAGCCCUGGGCAAUCUUCUAAUAUCCAAAGUUGAAAGCCAGAUUGCAGACAUCUUGCUCUUUUAGAGUCCCUGCAAGUUGUGACCCAGCAGUCUCUAGUGGCUAAAGCAUUAGUUCCAAGCCAUCCGACUUGUAAACAAGUUAUAUGCCUGCUUACAGUGCACUUUUCCCAAUGUGCAAACUGGAGACUCUUCUGCAGUAGCUUAAGGUAAAAAGCAGACUGCAAAGUCAGAAGAUGUGGUACUAAGUUUAGGUCCUGCUAUUUACUAUGACUGAGGGCAAAUCACUUGCACUCUAUGGUCUUUGGUGUCUAGCUUUGACAAGUGAAAAUAAAAGCAUUAUCUCCUGUUCCUACCUCACAAGGUUGUUGUGAGAAGUGAGACUGUACAUGAAAGAACCUUGUUAGCUGUCAGCUUUUCAUCACCGUCGGUUCUUGAUCCUUGCUACCAAAUACAAUGCCAGCAUUUGCCACAAGGGCAUACUCUUAUUCUGCCUUUACCCUGCACAAUGGAAUGGUGCAAGGAAGAUCGAGGUCAUUACUUCCUGGAUAUCUGGUUUCAACAUGGGAAUGGGAAUGCUUUCCAGAAUGACAAAGGUAAAGAAUAAGGAGCAAAGCCAGGACCCUACUGCCACACUGGUACGCCACGAUUGACACACAGCGACACAUGGGUCUGUCAGCCUCCUUCACAAAAGCUUGUCCCUAAGGCUUGUGGCAGAGAAUCUAUCCUUGGUUCCAGAAAACCAGCCACACUGUCGUAGUUCGUAGUAUCACCUUAUCUAUCACUGCCCGAAGUAUCACUAACCUCUCUAAUAGAGCGCAUGCCUCCCCAAGUAAACUGAUGGAUUAUUCAAAAGGGACAAUAAUCCAGAUAAAUAAAGUAUAAGCUGUCCACAACUGCCUGAUCUAUUGCAAUUGGACUAGCAGAGGAAAUUUCUAGAUAUGAAUUAAAACAAGAAAGUGAUGACAUUUUUUUUAUCAUUUAACCCUCACAUCAACUUAGCUUUUAGCAUUAUGAUUUUUACUUGACUACUCUAUCUGUCCAACAGAAUGAGGAUAAGAUUUGCUCCUGAUAACAAGUCUUAGACAUCUCAUUUAUGUAC